CUGAGCUCUUCUCUUCCCCAAGCUCGAGAGUCCCCUUCGAUUCGACACCCUCCGAGCCGCGAGCAAAAGCUAGGGUUUAUCCACCCCUACUCCUCCCCUAACCCCGCCCAAGCUCGACGACGGGUCCGCAGCCAUGGCGUCCACCAAGGUGCAGCGGAUCAUGACCCAGCCCAUCAACCUCAUCUUCCGCUUCCUCCAGAGCAAGGCGCGCAUCCAGAUCUGGCUCUUCGAGCAGAAGGACAUGCGGAUCGAGGGAAGGAUCAUCGGCUUUGACGAAUACAUGAAUUUGGUCUUGGAGGAUGCUGAGGAGAUCAACAUCAAGAAAAACACUAGAAAAUCUCUGGGUCGGAUCCUCCUGAAAGGAGAUAACAUUACACUAAUGAUGAAUACGGGAAAGUAACAACAGCUCACUUUCUCUAUUGCAAGGAUAACUAACAAUCUAUGAUCUUGGGCUCUAUGAUUAUGAAUAUGAGGCUGUCGUAGACAUGUGUUCUCAUUGAUCUUUUAAGACUUGUAUUGUAAUGUGCCAUAUUUGCACAGAUAACAGGCUCUCUGAAGUUAAAGUGUCUUUAUCCCGAACGUGAUCUGAUCUUAAUAUCGACCUUGGACCAGCUCUGUUGUUAUGCAAACGCAUUGUGGCUCUCGUGCCAUGUGCUUGCAUUGAAAUGUGAACACGGUUGUCAGAUGGUUAGAUUGGAAUUGGUUUGAAUUUGUGAGGGCUAAAAGACUCCUGAGAAAUUCUAAGCGAAAUUAGUUCC